GUACAUGCAUACUUGUUUUAUGUUUCUACACUUUGUUAUUACAAUUUACAACUUGUUCACCUCUCACCUAUAUUAUGGUACCUCGUUUCCAGUUAUAUUAUGUUCCAGUUGGAAGUUUAACUGAGAUCAGGGCUCUAGCUUCUGAUGAAUACACUAGUGAUCAAGAAUCUUACACUCAUCAUGAUUAUCAAGAUUCUUCAGCUUCUGACUGUGAGAGUAGUGUGAUUCCAGGUAGUAGUAGUAGUAGUAGUAGUAGUAGUAGUAGUAGUAGUAGUAGUAGUGGUUGUGAAAACUCUGAGUUUCCAUCAAUGAUCAAGGUGAAUGAAGAUACAGCUCUAUUCCAAACUAUUGCUCGAAAGCUUGUUUCAGGCUUGGGUGGGAAUUUCAGAGCUGAGGCCAUUCAUAGGAAUCUGUUUUCGGGUCUUACUUGUGAAGCUCGGUUUCAGUCGUUUCGGUUGUUUCAAAGAGCUCUGGAGAGGAAGAAUGGAGGGGAUGCCAAUGUGAAGUAUGCUUGGUAUGGUGGUUCUAAGCAUGAAAUUCACAACAUUCUUGCUUAUGGUUUUGGUCAAAUGACUCAAAAUGCUUCUGGGGUUUAUCUGUCUCCCGCUGAUUCUCCCUUUGAAAGUUUGCAAUUUGCUGUGGAAGAUGAUGCUGGACUGAGGCAUCUUCUGCUCUGUCAAGUUCUUUUGGGGAACCUGGAACUUGUCCACCCUGGUUCCCAACAAUCUCAUCCAAGUUCCAGUGAGUUUGAUUCUGGAGUCGACGACUUAGUACAUCCAAACAAGUAUAUUGUCUGGCCUACUCUGAUGAACACCCACAUUUUGCCACAAUUUGUCAUCACUUUCAGAGCUCAAAAUUGCACAGAAGCUUAUCAGAGGAUUCAGGUUUCCCAAAGAAAGCCAACUUCACCUUGGAUGCCAUUUCCAACUCUAAUUGCUAGUUUGGCGAAGAUCUUGCCUCCUGAUGCAAUCAAUUUGAUCGUCAAGCAUCACCGUGAUAAUAGAGAGAAUAAGAUCUCACGGCAUGAACUAAUACAGCGAGUUCGACAUAUAGCUGGAGACAAACUGUUAGCAACCGUCAUAAGAUCUUACAGGAACAAGUCUUUUGUAGCAUCAAGUAAAGAUUGAACAAGCAAGUUGCAACAGCGAAAAGGAAGAAUUGGUGAUUGCUAGCAAAAGAAAUACCCAAGGGAGGAGGGAAUAUCAACUUUAUCCUUUAUCCUUUAUCAAUUAAUCUUAACUUCACUACUUUGUUCUUCUCAUCAAGUUAAACAUCUUUCUUAGGACAAACAUCCUCUUUUACAUCAUUUCAGUUCCUCAAAUCUAUGUCAAACCUGUGCAUAGGUCUCAUUUUAUCAAGCUAAUCUUAUUCAACAGAAUAGUGGUUAGGUUCUGGCUAUAAAAGAUUAAUAUUCCAAUGCUUCUA